AUUCUAACUUUUAAAUUCAUUUCACACAUAGCAGUUCAAAGUCAUAGAGGACGGUAGCAAAAUGAAAAUAUUAUUUACAAGGCUAAUCAGCCUCACAAUAAUAUUUGCGCUUUCCCUUGGCAAUCCCAUUGAUUCUCCCAGCCAAGAACAAUAUGCCAGCCUGCAGAAAGAUUUUCUACAAAUUGCUGAUAAAAUGGAAAUCCUCAUUGAAAAAUCGCUACCCCAACUACCAACGGGAGAGGAAUAUGAACACUUCCGAACAGAAUUUCAGAGCUUUCUGAAGAAAAAGCGUUUAUACGCAUCUAUUACACCUGGCGAGAAUUGUGAAAACAAAAUUCUUUCCUUUUUUGAUGAUUUUGCAGACAUUUUAAAAUAUUUUGUAUUGCGUCCUCCACGCUCGGCCAUUGCCGAGCAGAUUGUUCAGAUUUUCAAUGCAAAUGGCAUGGAAAAAAUUAAAGCCGAUGUUGAAAACCUUGUGGCUACGAAUAUAAAAAGGAGCGAUUUUGAAAAGUAUCUUGUAAGAAAUUGUUAAGGAUAAUAAAGAAAAUUUUAAAAAAUUGUAAAAAAAUUUAA